AAGUUCCACUUAUACCAAAGACCCUUUUUAUCCAGAUACCCAGAACAGAACCAGAAUCAAAAGCCAAGAGGAGGCCGGAGCCACGGCUCAUUAGGCUAAUCCUCCGCCUUGCGGCGUCGGCACACCAGGUUCUAGUCCCGGUCGGGGCGCCGGAUUCUGUCCCAGUUGCCCCUCUUCCAGGACAGCUCUCUGCUGUGGCCAGGGAGGGCAGUGGAGGAUGGCCCAAGUGCUUGGGCCCUGAACCCCAUGGGAGACCAGGAUAAGUACAUGGCUCCUGCCAUCAGAUCAGCACGGUGAGCCGGCCGCAGCGCGCUGGCUGUGGCGGCCAUUGGAGGGUGAACCAAUGGCAAAAGGAAGACCUUUCUCUCUGUCUCUCUCUCUCUCACUGUCCACUCUGCCUGUCAAAAAAAAAAAAGCCAAGGGGAAAGUGAGCAGCGGAAUAUAAGUCAGAAAAUCAGUGCUCUGAAUUUCAGGAACUUAAUCAUAAAAUAACUUCUGGAAAUUUUAUUAGUUUGUUUACUUUUGUCUUAUAUAGAAUUCAAAUAAGUUAGGCUUCUGAGCCAAUAAAGAAAUUAGAAGCAGAAAACUGUGGCCUGUAUUGCAUAAAGAUGGGUAAGGUAUUGAGUUUAAGGAGAUUCCUGUGUGCACAGUGACAGAGAUUCCUGCUACUGGCCAAUUCAAUGUUUUUAAGCAGACUUUAAAAGGCUCUUUUCUCUCAACAGACCAAUUAUAAAAGACACACACACACACACACACACACACCUGGUCCACAGGUACAGAACAUGAUGAACAGAGGCUACCCUGGGUGGGCAGAUGCAGUACCUACCAGGUUAGGGCAUGGGAUGUGGGAUCUGCUCCAUCCUCAGCCACGAGCCUCUGGCAAGUACACAAAUGCACAGCAUAUGCUAUGGCCCUUCUAAUUGCAUCAUCAAGAGAGGUAAUGACAAUAAGUAUCAGAAGAAUGGUAAGGACACACAAGAAUACAAGAAUAUUUUUGGGGGGCCAGAAAGUGCAGGGCUAAAUCACAGUCCCUCACCUUCUCAUGGCACCUGUAGGCGUGAAAGUAAUAAGAAAUCAAUGCUGAUAAUACCCACAGAAACAUUGAGAAAGUUUCAGUUGUGUCCCAUGUGGCUUGUGGUAGAGGCAAUAGAACUGUUGAGACAUGUUUUAGGGUGAAGGAUGGAAGUGAAGGUGACCCCUAUGUUCAGACACUUGUUCCAUGAUCCAGGUGGGUAAUGAUGGUUGUUUGGCCUGAAGAGUAGCAGUAGCUUCAGAGAGAUGACAAAAUUCUGGAUAUAUUGAAAAAGUAGUUAAUAGUGUUUGCUGCUGAAUAAGUGCAGCAGGUGAUAACAAGACUAGAAUCAAGUGUGAUACCUAGAUUUUUGGUCUAUGUAAUUGGAAGAAUGGAACUGUCACUAAUAGAGAUAGGGAAUCCUUCAGAAGGAGUGACUAUGCAGCAGAAGACAGAGGAGUUCAAUUUUGUAUUUAAGUUUAAUAACUCAAUGGUUAAAUUUAACAUUUCAGUGGGGAUAUAGUAUAGGUACCUAGAUAUAAAUUGAAUUCAGAAUAGAAAUAGCAGUUCAGAAAUCAUGAGAUAUAUGUAAAUCUAGAAACCGUAGUCUGUAAAGUCAUAGGGCUGAAUAAAAUCAUGGGGGUAUAAGUGUAGACAGAGAAGAAGUCAAAGGUUUGAAUCUUGGGCUUCAUAGCAUUGAGACUUGAGGAAAAUGAGCAGGGGCCAACAAAAGAGACCUGGGAAGCAGCACCCACUCAGAAGGAAGGAAAAUAAGGAAGCCAGAAGAAGUAGGUAUGUCAAAGAAGAUGGAAGGAUUGUGCCAGAUGAUGGCCAACUUGGAAGAGAACAGAGAUUUGGACAUUUAAUUUAGCAAUGAGGAAGUCCUGGUCACUUGGAAAGAGAAAUUUUGGCAGAGAGAUGGGGUGAAAUCUGGUGAAGUGAGUUCAAGAAAUAGAAGAACUGAAAUUAGAGACACUUGUAAAGGGGAUCAAACAAGUGUGUAGACACCAGAAGAAAAUGUAGUGUCAAGAGAUUUAAAAAAGAGCAGGAAAAAUAAUAUAACUUCUAUGUGAUAAUGGAAAAUUCACAGCAGAGGAAAGAUUUGAUGAUGCAAGGGAACAGAGAAUCACUAGUGCAAUGUGUUUGAGUGAGUAGGGAUGGGCAGGAGAUUUUGUACACAAAAUGGAAAGGUGGGGCCUGAUGGGCACACACUUGGUAAGGGGAGAAGCUGAGGAACUGCACAGCUAAGGCAAGGGAUGAGUGUGUUUGUGGAACUUGUGGAAGUUCUCUUUCUGAUUCUGUUUAGGCAGUAAAAUAGGAAGCAACAAAGUGACAAACUUUGAUUGAAAAAUGCUUUGAUGAAUAAUAGAAGUCAUCUGCCAAUCAAGUCAGAUUGAAUUACAAGUCUGCAGUGCUUGAAAAGUCAAGAAGCAGAACAAAAAUAUUAAUCUACCUUGUUUUAAAAGAUAUUAUUAUUAUUAUUAACAACAGGACAUUUAUAUGUAGUUUGUAGGCUUAAAGGCUGACUUUCUCACUACCUCAGGAGCCUCAGUUAUGUCAGGAUAUGGUUUAUGCUAGGAACAGAGAAGUCCAUUGAACUGUAAAUUGCAUUAGGCAGAAAUUUUUUUCACACAUGAAUCUCUAAUAUCAAAAUUAUUUAAAAAUAAUUUUUAAAAAUUCUUUAAAUUAUUUAUGCUUUAUUUGAAAUGCAAAGAGACAGAAAAGGAGAUAGAGACAGAAAGAAAUCUUUCAUCUACUGGUUCACUCCCCAAAUUCUCACAAUGGACACAAAUGGACCAGGCUGCAACCAAGAGCCCAGAAUCAAAUCCAAGUCACUCACACUGUUGGAAGGGAGCCAAGCAGUUGAGCCAUCACCUGCUGCCCCCAUGGUGCUCAUCAGCAGGAAACUAGAACUGGGCUAAAACUUGAACACAGGCACUCCAUUAUGGGAUGUGGAUGUCCCAAGUUGUGCCUUAACCACUGUGCCAAAUGCCUACCUCACAUUAAAUAAUCAUUGAAUGAAUGAUAUCAAAACCAAGGGCAACAUGAGUAUUUUUCAUUUAAAAGUUUACAGCACUUAUUUUAAGUGAUUUGAUUCUACAAUUUCAAUUUUUCAUCAUUCAUGUGAAAGUGUCCAUAUGGUCACAAUGCUGCUAUUUUCCUCCAAACACUUGGUUCUUGUGAACUGAUUAAAGUAUAUUGUUUAUAGCUCUGCUAUUAUGGGAUAAUUUCAGAGGCUUCAAUGCAUAAACUCACUUUACAGUUGAAAGGCUGGCAGAAUCUCGGUGCAGAAUGUAAAUCUGCUCCCUGGUCUUAUCUGGCCCAAUCUUGUUAUUAAGUGGUUAUGGAAAUCAUAAUGUUUAAUGGGUAAAAUGCCGGGCACCAUCUGUUGGUGAGUUGGACACCUACACUGAGAAACCAAAUAUGAUUAUGAAAAUUCAAAACAGGGUCCUCUGGUAUUUAAGUUAUGCCAACUUAUUACCAUAUGGCAGGCAUUGUAAAAAUCAGAAGCUAAAUAGAAGCAUUAUACUUUGUGUUACAGGUCUGGGGGCCUGUUUGUAGUUGUCUUUUGUUUGAUCGUCUUUGUAAACAACAGGAUAACAAAGUAAGCUAAUUGUACUUUUUUCCCUUUGCUUGGCAAGAUGAGUUUCCUCAUGUAAAUCAAUAGACUGCCUACUGAUUGCUGUGCAAUCUUAAGAAAGCCGUGCAAGCACUUUUGCAAUCUAUCCCAGAAGCCUCAGAGAAAAGGUGCACUGCAGUAUGAGGUAAGCUCUUGAGUCAAGGAGACAGAUGACUUUGGCAUAGUAGAACAAGAGAAUAUAUUUUAGCUCCAGUUUGCUUGUUUAGCAGGCAUUGUUGUCAGAUACCAGUGAUAAGUAGGGAGUAAAACAACUUUCUUAAUUGAGGUGCUGGAUUUAAUGCUGAUGAAAAGUAAGCAUCUUCCUUACUGAAGACAAACUAGACCUGACAAGGUUCUCUCCUCCCCUUGGGCCUUCUCACUUGUGCAACUCAACCUCACUGAAUGUCUUGAAGGUUACACUAUUCCCAUGGGCUUAAUGGUUUCAUGGGCCAACAGACAGAAACCAUGAUCUCUUGUUUCUUUUCCCCAAGAGAAAUUUAUUUUCCAAAGAAUACAUUCUCUUCUUUUUCAAGACCUCAUGGAAACAAAUAAGGAAAGGUUAAAAUUCCACAUGGAAUAGUUGUAAUUACAAAGUGUGUGAAACUUUCUGACUCUACAAACAGAACAUUUAUGGUUGUUCCUGUCCUCAUCUUCCAGAGGAGGGCUGAGGUUCCACUCCUGUGGACAAACAUAAAGUGAUAAAAUAGGACAGUGGAGUUGGAAUUGGAAAUCUCUUCCAUGUCGGUCUCCUUUUUCAGAUUCAUCAGGUGAAAGGACAGACUUCAUGUUUAUUUGAAACUCUAGGAUGAUCUUUAGUGCCUCCCAAAGCUAAAUCAAUUGUCAUACAACAACAUGAUUGCCUAAGUAAAAAACCUCACUUGGCCAUGUUGUACUUGGAUAUAUGAUCUCUAGAAACUGAGAUCAUGAAUGGAUGUGGCUUUAGGUCUCAAGUUUGUGGGAAUUUGUUAUAGCAGCAAUAGAAAAUUAAUGCAUCCACAAUAGGAAUAUCAUAUAAAAACUUGCCCAAAAGUGUUGGAUAAUCAAUAGCUAAGCUUUGAGCAUUUUCAAAGAAUUACCAUAGAAUGCUUAAGCUCAUGAUCUACUUCUGCUUACAGUCCCUCAGGAAUUGCUUUUUUUAUAUCUUUGCUUCUACAGUUUUUUAAAACUCCUCUGCAGAAGAACACAUCCAUUUGUGUAUGGAUUCAUUCAUCAAAUAUUUAUUAUUUAUCAACUAUGCAUGUGCCUGGCACUCAGUUGGGCAUUUGGAGAUAAAAAUCUGACAAAUGAUCACUGCACAUCAGGAACUCAAAGAUACGGAAACAGAUCAUUGUACGCAGUUUGAAGGUUAUAGUUUGUCACAUAGGACUCUUAAACCAGGUAGCAGGGAACUUGGUGAAUUUGCCAUGAUCAGGAGUCUGGCUGUCAGUACAGGGGAAGGAAUCAUAAGCCUUAUUGUGAUGGCUCAGUGCAGACAUAGUCUCUCAGAGGUAGACUUGUAUUAAGCAAGCUUAUUAUGGUUGAUAUAUAUUAAUACAAAUCCAAUUAGAUCUCAUUAAAAUACAAUACGAACUACAUCUCUAAAACCAAAUGGGAAGUUCAAAUCAGUGCCUUAUCUGCCUGUAGGCAAGUACAUGGAAAACAAAAUUAUUAUAAUCAGGAUGACCAUCUAAUAAUUUACAAUAAGAAAUUAAACUGUCAAGUUGAUUGGUCCUACAGGCACAUUGGCUCUGUACAGAUAACAAAAUGGGGAGCCAGAGUAUGACAUCAUGAGGGACUUAAGUGUUGUUUGCUAAAACAGCCUGACAGAUUCUCACCCACAGCAGGGAGCACCUUACUAGGGAAAAAGGAGCCCUUGCUUAGUAAAGAGUUCCUCUACAUUUGAGCACUGCUGGACAGGCUUAUCCAGCUCUACCUCUUUGCUGUACUUCCACACCCUUUCACCUAUUUCCCACACAAGUUUUGUGAAAGAGUGGGCUCCUGGCUGAUCAGCUAAGAUGCUGGUUUAGACAACAAUAUCAUACAUUGGAACACCUCAGUUUGAUUCCUGGCUCUGGCUCCAGCUUCUGACUCCAGCUUCCUGCAUUAAUGACUCAGGUAGUUGGGUGCCUGUCACAUAGGAAAUCUAGAUUGCAUUCUUGGCACCUGGUUUCAGUCCUAGCCAUUGUGGGCAUUGGGAGAGGGAACCAGCAGAUAGAUAAAUGGGUAUCUUUUUCUCUCUUUCUCUCCCCCCCAAUAAAUAAAUAAAUAAAUAAAUAAGUUGAAUUGAAAGUUAGGUUUAUUUUGGUACAAAAAACUUUGAAAUGUAUGCAUAAUUUUUUCAUAAUUCACAUUUUCCAUGAAGUUUUUGAUGUACUCUCAUAUUUUCAUAAGAGAAUAAAAUAGGCAAUUAUUUUUUUACUUAAUAAAUUACAAUCUUUUUUAGUUCUUUAAGAUUACUCCUGAGUCCUAAAAUUUGUGAUAUUCUUAUAUUUUUAUUUCCACAUUACAGGGCAGUCUUUUGGGUUUUUUUCUCAUAGAGGACUAGUCAACACAAUAUAAUAACUGCUGUAAUAGAAGUGUAUAGAGGGACUGAUGCAAACUCAGGAUAAGAAGAAACUAACAGUUAUUGAAUUCUACUAGGGACCAAGUACUGUGACAAGGAUUCUACAUGUAUUAUAUUGUGUAAUCCUGUAAGAACCCCAUCAUGUAAGAACUGGAGAUUAAGGAACCUAUCCAUGGUUACAAAGCAAACAAAAGGUAGGACCAGGAUUUAAGCCUAAGCCAUUUGAGCCCAGAGCUUAUGCUCUUAACUCUUAUGCCAUACUGUCUCUCCUGAAUAUUUUGGUCCUUACACCUACUCAGCAGGAUGGAGAGGUGUAUCAUUCAAGGCUCAGUUGCAGAAAAUAGAAUCUAGUCUAUUAUUUUAAAUAGAGGGAUUUAAUGUAGGAACUUGGUGCUUAUCAAGUCUUUGGGAAGGAUGGAGAAGCAGGCUGGGCCUCCAGAAGUGAUUCUCAUAUCUCACUGUAAGACUGGCCUGCCCAGAGAGCUUCUGCUUCUGCUUAAUCAGGAAGGCAGGGAAUCAGGAAGCUGCCUCUGGAACUGCUGCAUUCUGGAACAGUCCAUUAAUACUUCUCAGUCCUUAUCUUUAUUAGUAAGCACCACAGGUUAAUAAUUUAAAAAAUUUCCUUCCCAUGAUUGGUAGGAGAAAGAGCAGAAGUACAACCUCCGCUUUGAUUUUCACCUUCUAAGUCUAGCUUAAGAAUAUCUGAUUGGCUAAACCUAAAUAAUAUCCUGUACUAUAGCUGCAAGGGAGCCUGGAAAAUGUUAGUGUUAUAUAUCCUAAAACUGUAGUUCUGGAAGGCAUGCAAGAUGGAAGGUGGAAUAGGUAGUGGGCACCAGUCUCUGUGCUGUGGAGGAGUUCCAGGCUCCAAAGUUGAAGUAUCCAAAGUCAUAUAAUGAUAGGGGUGAUCAGGCUCUCAUCAAGUUGGUUACACUCCAAGCCUCCUGUUUAUCAUAGCCUUUUCCAUUGCCUAAAUCAGCCUUAGUGGGAAACCAGCUGUAUUAUAAGGAUGGCUUCAUGAAGAAACUGGCUCUUAAAUGAUAAACUAUGGUCCUGGGAAGGCAAUGAGGGGGACAGGGCCUGUGGCUGCAGGUGGAUCCUUUAUCUCACUCUCCCACUCUGUGUGGUUCCUUUUUCGGAAUCUCUGAGGAAUCAAUUCAGUGGCUAAUCUUGGCGAGAGCUAAGUAGUGAGCUUUUUGACCUCCAUGUUUGAGACCUCUGGUUUUUUUCCUUAUUUCAUUUUUUCAAGUGUGUGUCAUUCUUGCAUGCACAUUCAAGCCAAAGAGAUGGCUGAGGGUUGGGGACACCAGGUGGUCAGCUGAUUGGUGCUUGUGGGUUGUUUGAUCCAUGCCUUGUCUCUCCCUGGAAAGGGAGGGAAGCCUCUACAUAGAGAGGCAGCAGCCACUACAGUUCCGAGCGUGAAGUCGGACUUCUCUCACACUUGUGUGUUGAGGAGACUCAGAUGUUGGCCUCAGCUCCUGGGCUGAACUCAGCAGAUCAGCCCGUGUCUGUACUGAGAGAAAGGAAAGGAUCGGCCAGAGAGCAACAACACCUAUUAUCCUGGGCUUGGCAGCAAGGAAGAGGACAGGUGGUGGAAAUCUUGCAAUCUGAGAAGCAGACUGAAAGGUGACAAAGAAGCUAAAGAUGGGUGGUGGAGAGAGGUUUCACAUUCCAGCCCUUCAAUCUAGAAAUAUUAGUAAGAACCAACAACAGCUUAACAGACAGAAGGCCAAUGAUCAGAAUUCCCAUAUGCAGAUUGUUCAUAAGAAAAAAGAAAGAGGACAUGCUUACAACUCAUCAGCAACCACAUGGCAGGCCAUGCAAAACGGAGGGAAGAACAAAAACUUCCCAAAUAAUCAAAACUGGGGCUCGAACUUGGCCAGUCCUUGCUUACUUUUUAAGCCACAAGCCAAUCAGAACUAUUCUGGAGCCAAAUUCAGUGAGCAGCCAUCACCAAAUGUUCUUCCCAAACCUCCAAGCCACUGGGUUCCUGUUUCCUUUAAUCUUUCAGAUAAAGAAAUAAUGACAUUUCAACUUAAAACCUUACUUAAAGUACAGGUGUAAAACAGAUAAGUGCUAAUGUUUAAAUUGGCCUGAAACAAAUUUGACUACGGAGUUUACUCUAUUUGUGUAAAACUAGUUAGCGUAAGCAUACAUCAUCUCAUUUGUUUUGUGUGCAUUGUGAUGUAAAGGUAGGAUCAGUGCUACUUAAGGUAACUAAUUGUACUUCAUACUAAAUGUCCUCAAUUGAGUAACUUUGAAGUGAAACAAUUCAAGUUUGGAUUCCUGUUGAA